GUGUAAUUUGGAAGGGUGAGAAGCUGAUCGAUGGCGUCCCCGAGACACUCGACUUGCUUCGCUCUCAUGGUAAGAAGCUAGUAUUUGUAACAAACAACUCAACAAAAUCAAGAAAGCAAUACGCCAAGAAGUUCCAUUCGCUUGGAAUUCCUGUUAAUGAGGAUGAGAUAUUCUCGUCUUCAUUUUCUGCAGCAAUGUAUCUGAAAGUGAAUGACUUUCCAAGAGAAAAGAAGGUUUAUGUAAUAGGCGAGGAAGGCAUACUGGAAGAACUGGAGCAAGCUGGCUUUACCGCACUAGGUGGCCCGGCAGAUGGAAAGAAGAAUAUUGAACUGAAAUCAAAUUGUCUGUUUGAGCAUGAUAAGAGUGUUGGAGCUGUUAUCGUGGGACUUGACCAAUAUAUCAACUUUUAUAAGCUACAGUAUGCAACUCUUUGCAUUCGUGAGAAUCCUGGUUGCCUUUUCAUCGCAACCAAUCGCGAUGCAGUGGGGCAUUUAACUGAUCUUCAAGAGUGGCCUGGUGCGGGAUGUAUGGUUGCUGCAGUAUGCGGAACAACCCAAAAAGAGCCUAUUACAGUCGGGAAGCCAUUGACUUUUCUGAUGGACUUUCUAUUGCAGAAGUAUAAAAUCACUACGUCCAGGAUGUGCAUGGUUGGUGACAGAUUGGACACCGAUAUUCUAUUUGGACAGAAUGCCGGUUGUAGAACUCUCCUUGUUUUUUCAGGUGUAACAAAUGAAUCAAAAUUUCAAGAUUUAUCCAAAGAAGUUAAACCAGAAUACUAUACCAAUUCUAUAGCUGACCUUCUCAAGUACAUUUAGCAUUCUUUGCAAACCUAUUUUGCUCGGACUCGUCAAAAACGUCAAUGGAUGCGUGUUGGAUUCGCCAAAUUUAGUGUAUUUUUGAAGAAUCUUACAUAGGUGCGGCGUCAAAAAUGAAGAGUCCGCGCAACUUAGGUUGAAACAAGUAAAUUAGAGGGUAACAAAUUUCUUAUUAUGUAUAAGUUGAUGUUUUUUGUUCAUCAUAACUUAGAAUUAGUCCUAAUGAAUAAAUGGUCAGAUGGAGAAUAAUUAGUUUGAGUCAAAAAUAUUUCGCCGAGGGUCUAUUGAGAACAGCCUAUCUAUGCUACAAAGGUAGAGGUAAGGUCGGCGUAGAACCUAACUUCUCGUGAUUCCAUUUGUGGGAUUAUGCUGGGCUUCUUGUUGUUGUAACUUGGUGUGUGUGGAUGGAUCUUUAUCCUAUAUAUAAUAAUUAGUCCGAAUCAAAAAUAUUUCUUGUUUUUGAGUCGAGAGUCUAUCGAGGACAACCUUUCUACACGACAUUGGUAGAGGUAAGGUCGGCGUAGAACCUACCUUCUCGUGAUUCCACUUGUGGGAUUAUGCUGGGCAUGUUGUUGUUGUUGUUGUAACUCGGUGUGUACGUGGAUCUUUAUACUAGGUCGUGGUAGGGAUUCAUUUAUAUAUUUUGGUCCUCUUCCUUCUCUCGUUUC